AUGACGACCGCCGCGCCUGCGUGGAGGAUGAAGUUCUACCCUCUGUGGCCCGAGCUGAGAGAAAUGAUGGCAGAGAAGUACGCGGAAGCUGGUGUGGGGAAGGAUAUAUUCUACUAUGUCAUCUGCAUGUUCCCUGGACAGGAAAACCUGGCCAUGCGCAAGGCGUCAGAGCGGCGGAGCAAUUACAACGGCAACAUCAAGACUUAUGGGCGCGGCCCGGGCGGGUGCGUCCCAGAGAGUAAAUGGAAGGAGUUGGCGGACGAAGGAGUGGCGCCGAAGUGCAGCAGCGUUCUCACCUUUGACGCUGAGGGUCGGGCAGUGGACUUUGAGGUCUGGGUAGAUGAUCUGCAGCUUUUCCUGCAGUGCAAUAGGGCAGACGGCCUCUCCCUGUUUGACCUCAAUUCUGGUGCCUCCCCUGCCCCUGCUGCUGAUGCUGACGCCACUCUCCCUGACUCUCUUCGGGUAGUCAGGGACCACUUCCUCUCUAUUUGCCCCACCACUCUCACCGUUGACCUCCUUGAGAAGGCCCUCCUAGCGAUAGAGAAGAGCAUAGUCGCUGUAGGAGCCUCUUGUGGUGACCCGCGCACCCCCGUCUUUGAGGGGUGUUCUCCCUCCCCCCUCUUGCCCUCUCUUGCCUCUGCUGCUGCGGCCGACCUCGUUGGUUUUGAGUCGGUCGGCGCUGCGUCUGCCCCGAGCGGGAGACACCGCACCAGCAAGGGCAAGGGGGGCAAGGGCACUGGUGAGAAAAUAUGA